AACAUUGAAUGCUCCAAGCACAAUGUCGAAAACUAAAGCAAAUAUCUUGUGUUUUGACCCUGGUUUAUCGAGCAAGAGUGCGUUAAAUUAGUGAUGAUUUUACUAAAGAAAGGCUACUUUAUCCCGUGCUAGACACCGUAGUAUGUUCGAUUAUAUUUCGAAAUGUUUUUCUCGCAUAUCCAAGCGGGAUUCGAGAGAUGUCAAACUUCUUAUGUUAGGAAUUGAUAACGCUGGCAAAUCAACUAUUAUCAAUGAUUUGAAAGGAGAACCCACAGAGUUGACAGUUCCAACAAUCGGGUUUUCCAGUGCGGAGUUCAAGUUAUUGAAUUUUAAAGUGACAGCUUAUGAUGUUGGUGGUGGACCUCGUAUCCGAGGAAUAUGGAAAGAUUAUUAUGCGGAGAUAUUUGGCGUUGUUUAUGUUGUUGACACAAGUGACCGUGAGAGAAUAGCAGAUUCCAGAACAGUUUUACGUGAAGCAUUGUCUGACUCAAGACUCUCUGGGAAACCUUUUGUUGUGUUUCCGAAUAAACAAGACAUUGAUGGAGCAAUGUCUGAACAAGAUAUUGAUAUGGAAUUUGAGUUAGAGCAGUUGGCAAAGAAAUGCGAAAGUCAUUAUAAAGUUUUCCAGUGCACAGCUUUACUCAAUGAGGGUCGAAAAAUUGACAGUCAGCUGAAGAAAGGUUUAAGAUGGUUGUUACAAACUAUGAAUGAGGAUUUUGCAUCUUUGAAGGAGCGAGUUGAGAAAGAUGUUGAGAUUCAGAAAGAGGCUGAGAAGAAGACGAAGGCUGAGCGCUUGGAAAGGGUUAGAAAAAAUCGGGAAGAAAGAGAACGCGCCGAACGAAAAAAGGAAGCCGCUAAAAAUAAAGAGACUGUCGAUUCUGAUGACGAAGGCGUUGUUUUUGGAAAUGUGUUACCAAGGGUAAAGGAUCUCUCGAAAACGAAGGGAAACAGAACAAAAAAAUUAGAAUUUGAGGAAGAGAAUGUGGAAAAUGUUGACGAAAAUGUGGAACAACCUGAGUCACAAAACGUUAAUCAACGGAAUACCGAAGAUAAAAUCGAAGAACCUCUGUCAGAAAAUAUUCAUCAACUAAACGAGAGUGAAAACCAAGCAGUAACUAAGAAGAAACGAAAAAAGAAGAAGAAAGCGAAACGUAAUCAAACUGUUCCGAGUGACGAUGGAGAGAAUAGCGACGCUGGAAUCGUUUUGAAACCGAUUGCUUGGAGAGGUUCAUCGACCCCAUUAAACGGUUUCCCUGGCAAUGGCAGGAAAUUAGAGCCAAUCAGGGCUCCGCUACACAACAAUCUUUGUUCGCCAUCGCCUACGACAAGUCCAGUUUUUUAUGAAAAUAAUCAAUUGGAACAGUUCUUUAAUGGUCAUAGUCGCUCGUUUCGACCACGACCGAAUGAAGAAGAUUGCGACGUCAUGACAUGACGUCAUCGUUGUCAAUAUCACGAUGACGUCGUCAUCCUAAAUUAUCAAAAUAAUCCUUUCUCAACACUUAAUGUCCCCGCGAUGGCAAAAUCAGUUUGUCUUUUGAGACGGCUUUGGUGACGUCAUUAUGGCAAGUUUCCAUAGCAACGCGAGCUUUUUCGUCGAAUUUAGUGAAAUUUUAGAGCUGUGGAAAAUCAGAGCAAUUUCACAUAGGAAUUUUAUAGUUAGAAUCAAUGAUAUUUAUUAGGGCAAUUCUUUAUCUAAUUAUUUGUAGAUAUGAAAGUGUAUAUAAUAUAUAUUUGCAUGUAAUUGGGUUAUAUACAAUAUGUGAAUAUAUUGUAUUUAAAUUGCGUCAUGUAGGCAGCCUUAACUCUGUUUUAUGAAAUACGCAAUAAAUAAAUAAUAUUUUGAUGUGAUUUAUAUUCACAUGACAGUCAAAUGGUAUUUUAUUUAUUCAAUUUAAAAGCAUGCACUUUUAGUAAAUAAAAUGACAUUGCAGAACCAAGCGACAAUUUUAGAAAAGAAAUAUUCU